AUGCACGCCCUCACCCGCCUCCUCUCUGCAGCCUCAGUUCGAAAGCCCCCUACCGCACCCAGCAUGUUGCAUCUCAUCUUCGACUUUGACGGCACCAUCACGCGCGCCGACACCAUCAACACGCUCGCCACGUCCGCCAUCGCCCUGCAGCGCUCCCGCACCGGCCGCGACCUCGCGCCAGCCUGGGACGCCGCCGUCCGCGAGUACCUGGCCGAGUAUGCAGCGCACAGAGACUCGUACGUGCCCGAGGAGCAGCGCCGGACCUGUGUGGGCCAGGAAGCGCGCUUCCUCAAGAGCCUCAAGGGCCUCGAGGAUGCCUCCCUUGACCGGGUGAGCCGGGCUGGCAUCUUCGCAGGGCUCUCCGAGGCCGACCUGCGCCAGCUGGGCGCCGAUGCCGCCGCCGCGGGAGACAUCGUCGUGCGGGACGGCUUCGGUGAGCUGCUCCAUCUGGCCCACCAAAGGGGCUGGAAGACGGAUAUUGUAUCCGUCAACUGGUCCUGCGCCUUCAUCAGCGGCGUCCUCGGCACUGCCAGCCACCAGUACCAAGACCAGCCGGUGCGCAUCAUCGCCAACGAAACGGAUCCCUUAAACGGGCACAUUUCCGGCCCCUCAUUCCUUGGCACCCGCUUGACUACCUCCACUGACAAGUUCCGCGCCAUGCGGCACCUUCUCGCCGGCCACGGCGACGACACACUCCACGUCGUCUACUUUGGGGACUCCACAACAGAUCUAGAGUGCCUCCUGCACGCGCGGCGGGCCGUCGUCCUCGCCUCCAAUGAAGAUCGCUCAUCUCUUUUGCAAACGCUGGGCCGCGUCGAUCAUCCCGUGGCACACAUCGACGCGCAACCGCCGCAUCAGGAGAGUCAAGCAAACAACUACACGUCCUGGGCGCGCGACUUCAACGAGGUCCUGGCCAGUCAUCUUUUCAGGGACACGGAUGAAUCGCGUUAA